UACUACGUAAGAAUAAAAUCUACGGUGUCAGCAAAAUCGUAGGUGGGAAAACUGGUUAAAAUUCAAAUGCAAAAACUUACCUUUCCGUAAUCCAUAAUAUUAUAAUCUCGUGAAAAUAUUAUUGUUUUGUUAUUAUAAUGCUCUUUGCUUUGGCCCAAAACUGAAAAUCUUUAUAAUAUUUAGAAAUAAUACUUAAGUUUUAUUUUCCUUCUUUUUAUUUAUUUAUGAAUAAUCCAAAUAAUAAUUCAAUUCGUGAACAGUGUGUUGUAAUUAUUUAAAUCAAUGGAAGCUGAACUUGAACAAAUUCAAAAUGUCGUUGAAAAUGCUACAGCUAUUGAAAACAAAUAUCCAAUGUUGGCGUAUGAGAAGCAGAUAUUUGUAGAUUCGUUUGAGAAAGAUGCAUUAGUUAUAAUGGCCAAGGGACUUAAUUAUAACAUCAUAGUAGCUAAUCUACUGUGGGUAUACAAUAAUCCUUCCAAUUUGGUUCUUGUACUGAACAGUAGUGAUUACGAAGAAAAAUAUUUUAUGAACUUGUUUAAUGUAUCAACCUUACCAACUAUUGGAGCGGACAGUAUCCACCCAUUUAAUAAUUUGCACUGCUCGGAUAUAUUUCAGAGAAAAGGCAUAUUUGGAAGGUGGUAUCCAAUUAGUAUCUACUCGUAUUUUGGUAGUGGAUCUGCUGAAAAAUAGAGUUCCUGUGUCCCACAUAACAGGGAUUAUAGUGCUACGAGCACAUACUGUUCUAGAAUCAUGUCAAGAGGCCUUUGCUUUGAGAUUGUAUAGACAAAACAACAAGACCGGGUUCAUCAAAGCAUUUUCAAAUUCACCUAUAUCCUUUACCUUUGGUUACCAUCAAGUUGAAAAGGUUAUGAGAGCAUUAUUUGUAACUGAAUUGUUUUUAUGGCCAAGAUUCCAUGGUACUAUUAUAAAAAAUCUCAAAGGAAAACAGGCACAAGUGGUGGAGUUGAAUGUGCCGUUGUCAACAAACAUGAGCCACAUACAGAGCUGCCUCUUAGACAUUAUGAACUAUACUGUCAAACAGUUGAAAAGCAUCAACAGGACAUUGGACAUGCAGGAAAUAACAACUGAAAAUUGUUUAACAAAGAAAUUUCACAAGAUACUACAAUCACAGCUGGAUUGUGUAUGGCAUCAGCUAAGUACAAGAACAAAAGAAUACAUACAAGAUCUAAAAGUGCUUAGAAGUAUGAUAAUAAACCUGAUUCAUGACGAUGCUGUAUCAUUUUAUGCUUUGGUCAGUAAAUAUAGAACUCCAGAAUAUGCAAAAGUUAAUUCUGGAUGGAUUCUGCUCGAGUCAGCGGAACAAUUAUUUCGUCUUACUAGGGGGAGAGUGUUUAAUCAGAAAAAUGAAUUCGAUCCGGAACCAUCGCCCAAGUGGAAAUGUCUCAGUGAUUUACUAGUGCAGGAAAUUCCAGAAGAAGUAAAAAAGAAAAAGGAUGGCAAUAUAAGUACCACAAACAUUCUAAUUCUUUGUCAAGAUAAUCGAACGUGCAGUCAAUUAAAUCACUAUCUUACUAUGGGCGCAAGUAAAUAUCUGUUCUAUACCGCUCUAAGAAGAGACAUAAUUAUAAAGAAUUUGGCAUCAAAAUAUAAAGACUUACAAGACACUAUACCAAGUGGGGAGGUUAAAAAAGAAAGAAAUGUGCAAACUUCGGUUAAAACUGAGAGCAAUGAGUUGGAAGACAAUGAGGAUGAAUUAAAUAUGGACGAUAUUAAUAAACCAAAUUACGUGUUGACACUCACUCAAGUAGCAACACAAGGUGAUGUUAAAAAGGAACUGGAUGACAGCUUAUUUGAGCCUAUUACCCAGUUAGAUAAUCUAGAUAUUACACAAAUCGGAGCGGAGAAGCCAGUUAUAUUUAUCCAAACAUUCAAGGAAAAUGGUGACCAGUAUUCUCUUGAACGAACAUUGGAAACACUUCGUCCCGCUUACAUUAUAUUAUACCAUUGCGACGUGGCAGCUGUGAGGCAGAUUGAAUUGUACGAAUGUAGGAAAAAACAAGACGACCCAAGUACGAAAGUGUAUUUUUUAAUUCAUGACAGGACUGUGGAAGAGCAAGCGUAUCUAACAUCAUUGAAGAGAGAAAAGCAAGCAUUUGAGAUGUUGAUACAAACGAAAAGUGUAAUGGUAGUACCUUCAUAUCAAGAUGGCAAAACAGAUGAAUACUUUAACCUUAAUGUAGAAGAUGACAUUGAUCCCGUAAAUACAAGGAAAGCAGGUGGUCAGCAGAGUAAAGAACGUCCAUUAGUUGUGGUAGACAUGAGAGAGUUUCGUUCCGAUCUUCCGUCCUUACUUCAUAAAAAAGGAAUCAAUAUAGAACCUGUAACCAUAACUAUAGGCGAUUACAUUCUAACGCCAGACAUAUGCGUAGAGAGGAAGUCUAUAUCUGACUUAAUAGGGUCGUUGAAUUCAGGGCGUCUUUACACGCAGUGCACGCAGAUGUGCAGGAACUACAGCCGACCAAUACUGCUCAUCGAGUUUGAUCAGAAUAAACCGUUCAAUUUGCAGGGUCAUUUUGUGGUAUCAUCUGAUAUAUCCGGGGCUGACAUACAACAGAAAUUGCAACUGCUGACUAUCCAUUUCCCAAGGCUCAAACUAGUCUGGUCACCCAGCCCCUACGCUACUGCCGAACUUUUUUACGAAUUGAAGCAAGGCAGAAAAAACCCCGAUGUUGCGGAAGCGCUCGCUCUGAGCGGCGAAAAUACGGCAGACGACAUGCAUUACGAGAGAUACAACAUACAAGUACACGACUUCGUACAGAAACUACCCGGUGUCACCUUCAAGAAUAUUACCAGGAUCAUGAACAGAGGCGUAUCGUUAGACCAACUUGUUACGCUUACUAAGGAACAACUUUCUGCAAUAGUAGAAAAUAAAAAUGAAGCCGAAAGUUUAUAUUCGAUACUUCACCUGAAAGCAGAACCUACUGACGUCAACAAGAACAAAACAUUCGGCAAGAAAAAGUUUCCUGGAAGGUUUACAAAGGGAAAGAAAUAAUGAGAUUUGUGUACUUUAAUAAGCAUAAUUUAUUACAUCAAGAUCAAGAUGAAACAAAACAAUAAAUAAAUGGUUUUUACAAUAAAAA